AUGCCUGCACAUGCUCUAUACUUUACAGUCUAUGAAAAGACGAAGUCCUACAACGUGUUUAAGGGAUUCCUUACUGGGAAUACCGCGGGUCAUUCGAAUACACUAGCAUACGGUGCCGCUGGAGCUGUUGCGACACUUAUUCACGAUGCC